UGUUGACGUUCAAAGACAUUGCUGGCUAUUUUUCCAUGGAAGAGUUUGAAGAAAUAAGUGACUGGGUGAAGGUCCAUUAUAAGAACAUGAAGCAGAAUUAUGAAGCCGUGCUUGCCAUUGGGUGACGGCCGCUGAGGACGAGGACACUGGCUCCCUGAGUGUUUGUCAGUCGAUACUCGACCAGCGGACAGAACCCAGACCGGGAGAUCGGGUAACUGACGGGAUAUCUGGGAUCAGACAAUGAUCGGGAGAUCAUUCUUCCUCCUCUCCCUUCUCCAAGCCGUGAUGUCGGGAGAGUGGAGUGCGGACAAUCCCAGAGCUGUGACAGCGCAGAAUGGUUUGUGUGCACGGAUUCCGUGUCACUACAGAUACCCGUCGAUCCUGAACAAUGAUCCACGGACUGGAAUCUGGUUUAACAGUGAGUCGCACAAGGGUCCUCUAGCCUUCCACUCCGGGGAUCACAGUCUAGAAUCAACAAAGUUUCAGCAUCGGACCCGGCUGUCAGGAAUCCUGAAAGACAACGACUGUUCCCUGGUUAUAGACAACGUCACACAGCAAGAUGCAGGUCCUUAUUUUUUCAGAGUUGAAUUCGGAGGGGUAAACCUUUGCAACUACCACCCUGUAACACAGCUCAGUGUUGCUGAUUUCACAGAUAAACCCACGAUAUUCCCUGCUGAAUUGGUGGCAGGAAAGCCUGUGAACAUGACCUGCUCCUUCAGCACCACGUGUAAUGGAACGGCCCCCGCCUUAACCUGGGUCACCCACGCUGAUGAACCACCGUCAGCCUCACACAGCGUAACUCAGCAGGGUGACACUCUGACAUAUACUUCUGUUCUGUCCCUGACCCCAGCGCUCAAACAUCACGGGCAAAACCUCACCUGCAGAGUCACAUACCCAACUGUGUCAUCGGAGCAGACCCUCACACUGACUGUGGAAUAUAAAAGCUUCAGUAUUUGGAAGGCAGUUUUGCUCACAGCAGGGAUAAUACUGAUGGCUGUGCUAGCUGGAUUCAUCAUCUACAAGUAUAUACUGCGGAGGGAAGAUGCUUCAGGAAACCAAGACACCAAUGUGAUCUACUGCCCACACUCUGCCACCAAUCAGAGCGCGGGGAGUGGAGAGAACGGGCCGGCCCCAGUGGAGCUGAAAGGAGGAGGGGAAUCGGGAGAGGGGGAAGAACAAGCGGUCGUGUACGCCAACCUGCGGGAGGUGCUGAGCAGCGGAGACACCGGGCACAGUGACGAGGGGUUGGAAUACGCAGAGCUCUGGUUCCACUCCAAGCAGGGGAAGGGGUAG